UAUUGGUUAAGUUAUCGAACUUUUCUAAAAGUUUAGUCUUGUAUUGCGGCAAUAAUAAAAAAUUAGGCAGGCUCAGAGUAAUAAAUUUUUAUAACAGUCGUGUUUUAAGUACUAUAGAGGAAUCAUAUCGCAAGAAAUGUCGAUUGUAAAUAUUAUCAAGAGAGCAUCAAAUCGUAUUUUAGGGGUUGAUAAAUCCAUUGAAAAAAUCGAUAUUUAUGAGGACAACGAGGUUUUGUUUUGCAAAAAUAAUGUCUGCAUACACCCACCAAUUUCUAUACGCCAGGAAUCCGAAUUGAUUCAUUAUCCAGGUUAUUUGACUGUUACAUCUAAAACUUUCGUUGAUCAAUUUAAUAAAGCAAGUCGUUCGACAUUGUUACUCACGUGGAUCCCCAAUUCGUCAUUGUGUAAAUCGAAGUCAGAAGAAAAUAAAUUCUAUCAAAACUUACAAUGCGAUAUAUUUGAUAUGAAUGGAACCCAACCAAUAGACGAUAUAGCUAUUCCAAAUGGAUUUAGAAAUGAAACAAUUAUUAAGAACGAAGAGAAAAGUGAAAUAGAUGGCUCUAAUGUUGAUAUACAAGAGCUUAAAAAUGAGUUACAGCCUCUCCUAGGGGAGCAGUUUAAUUCAAUUCGUGAUAUUAAUGCUUUACUGAAUAGAAGUCACAUUACAUCAGUUAAUAUAACAAUUUCCAACCCACAUAUUGAAAACAUCAAUGUAAAGGAUUCAAUAAACAGUGUUGUAACCGAUAUAAAUAAGUUAUAUCUCAAUAGUGAAUAUUAUAUUUCCGAUGAUAUUGAUUUUUAUAAUGCGACUUCGAGUAUAUUGCCGGUAAAACACAAGCCAAAGUCAUAUGUAGAAUAUUCAGUUACUCGUAAAAAAACAAAUUGUCGGAGAUUUUCAGUCGAUCUGAGUCAAAUGCGUUCAUUGCGCUUGUUUUUCAAUGACGAUAAUUGUACUUCAGGGCAACUGGUAAUUUCGUCUAGAGAGUCGCAGUAUAAAAUACUUCACUUUCAUCAUGGUGGUUUGGAUCAUUUAGCGCAGGUUCUUCAUCAAUGGCACGGUUUUCUGCACAACAUUGCAUUUACACCUGGACAAAAGCAACAGAACUUACCGUAUCGUCAAUUCAUGGUAUGCCGCCCAGAGAUAAAGAAACGUGAAUUGCAUCCCGACGAAGGCAGCGUUAGAAAAAUAACAACUAAUUUCUUUUAUGGAACUCUAAUUAAUAUAAAAGGACAAAUUGAAGAUGAUUUGCUUCUUCGCAAAUGUGUUUUUUUUGGCGGUUUGGAGAAAGGCUUAAGAAGAACAAUAUGGCCUUUCUUAUUAAAAUGCUAUUCGUUUUCGUCAACAUUUGAUGACCGAGCUGUUUUUAUGGAUAUUAGAAAGCAAGAAUAUGAAGAAAUAACCCGUAAACGCUUAUACUCGAUGUCGCCAGAAGAACAAAUUCAUUUCUGGAAGUCGGUGCAAUGUGUUGUGGAAAAAGAUAUAGCAAGAAUAGAUCGCUCUAAUGCAUUCUUUUAUGGAGACGAUAAUCCAAACAGAGAAAUUAUGAAAAACAUUUUGUUGAAUUAUGCCUUUCAUAAUGCAGGAAACAGUUAUACGCAGGGAAUGAGCGACUUAUUAGCUCCAGUAUUGUGUGAAAUACAAAAUGAAUCGGAGACGUUUUGGAGCUUUGUAGGUUUACUACAACGUUCUCUUUUUGUAUGUGCACCUACCGACGCAGAUAUUGAUAAAAACUUAAACUAUUUGAGGGAACUAAUCCGCAUUAUGUUGCCUCGGCUUUAUGAGCAUUUACAAUGUCAUAGCAGUUCAAUGGAGCUACUUUUUUGUCACCGAUGGCUAAUUUUAUGUUUUAAACGCGAGUUCACCGAAUCAGUAGUUAUCCGAAUGUGGGAAGCGUGUUGGUCCAACUAUCUUACUGAUUAUUUUCAUUUAUUUUUAUGUCUGGCAAUUAUUGCCGUUUAUGCCGACGAUGUAGUAGCUCAGGAUUUGCGGGCAGAUGAAAUGUUAUUUUAUUUUAGUUCACUCGCUAUGUAUAUGGAUGGAGAAUUAAUUCUUCGAAAAGCUCGUGGUCUAUUAUAUCAAUAUCGCCAAUUAUCAAAAAUACCGUGUACUUUGAGUGGCUUAUGUAAAAGAUGUGGUCCUGGUAUGUGGGAUUCCGAACACUGUCCAGCUUUGGAAUGUGUUGGUCAUUCGCAUGAUGACAAGUGUCCUUUGGAUAUUGAUUGAACUAUUUGCUUACAAUGCAUUCUAAAAAAUCUAAAAACUAAUGCUAGAUACUCUGCUUGCAUUUUUAGUUCGAUAUUAGUGUUACCAUGAAUUUAACUCCCAUGACGUCUAUUUAUUAUUAUUUAUAUAAAAGGGUAUAUUAAGUUUGCCAAGAAGUAACACAAAGAAAGAAACGUGAAGAUCCUAUAAUAAAUGUAUGUACAUAUAUGAUUCGCGUGAUGGGCUGAGUCGAUUUAGCCAUCUACACAAGGAGUCUCGCAUGUUUCCUGUAAAAGAGCAAGAUAUUUUUCUCAGCAAGCAGUUUCUGAUCGGCUGUUUUCGCAGAAACCAUUCCUGCCGUCAUCCGUUUGGAGCGAAGCCGUCUCCUAGGAACAUCAGGAGAGCAUUCCUCCGUCGCGUCGACGAACUUCAAAAAUAUACUGACCACAUUUCGGACGCGGCCAAUUUUCGACAGGCUCUGAACUCCAUUUCCUUGGAGCUAUUAACACUCUCUUUCACUCUCUCUCAGUGAAUGUACUUGGAGUCCAAACACUACCCAUCGCAGAACAAGAGCUCGAUUUGCCGAGUAAGACAAGAGUGACACUAGCGCAACUUUUCCUCCCAAGAAGCUGUUCAUUUGUCGUAACCGCCGAUAUACGACUACUAUACCAUAUAUGGUAGCUAUAACAAAACUAAACAUUCAAAGACAAGAUAUCUUCAUGAAAUUUGAAUAGAUUAUCUCCGAAGAAACCGACCCCUUAACAAAUUAUUUUCGCAAAAUUUGGCAUGGAUUAUUCAAAGUAUCGCUUCAAUUCCUAAAUAUAUUUUUCAGAUCGGACCACUCAUAGCUGCCAUAUAAACGGACGAUCAAAAUCAAGUUUUUGUAAGGAAAAUUUGAACUAGUGAAGGGUGCACCCGAAGUUUAUUUUUUUUUUUAAUUUUGUUUAAAAUUCAAGGAAUCAAAUAAUUGUUAAUAAAGAAUAUAUUGUUGUAUUACUAAAUAAUUGUAACA